AAUUUCCUGAUUCAGGAAUGUGACGUCAGAGGACGAUACCAACUGUUCGAGAAUCCGCGGGGGAGUCAACUCAUAGGUCACACCAGACAACACGACAGUUGAUGCGAAGAAGUCUCUCGUGGACCCCUGCACAUGAAAUCUCCACCGGGACGCAGCCGGGCUCCGUGUGUUUCGAUAGUUUUCAGUGGAGCGGAUGAGCGCUUCCGCUUUCCCUGCAGCCGUGCUGUCACUGCGGGAGGAUGAACAACCAGAAAUGUAGCACCUUAUAUCAGGAACCAGGAGGACGGACGAGGAUUAUACAAUGCAUCUAUGUGGUGGGCUUCAUGGAUUUGUUUGGGGUGAGCAUGAUCAUCCCGCUGCUGAGCCAUCAUGUGAAAGCUCUUGGAGCAAGCCCAACUGUGGCUGGUAUUGUAGGAUCUACAUACGGGAUCUUGCAGCUCUUCUCAAGCACAAUAGUUGGCAGCUGGAGUGACGUGGUGGGACGGCGGUACUCUCUGCUGACCUGCCUGCUGCUGAGUGCUCUGGGUUAUGGUCUGCUGGGGAUGUCCAGCAGCAUCGCUCUGUUCGUCCUCGCACGGAUACCUGUGGGGCUGUUCAAGCACUCCCUGUCCAUCUGCAGAGCGCUGCUGUCGGACCUGGUGUCUGAGGCAGAGCGCCCCCUGGUGAUGGGACACUUCAACGCAGCCUCCAGCGUCGGCUUCAUCCUCGGUCCUGUGGUGGGAGGAUACCUGACGGAGCACGAGGGCGGAUUUUACACCUCCUCCUUCACCUGUGCAGUCAUCUUCCUGGCUAAUGCAGGGCUUGUUUGGAUGCUACCAUGGAGCGAGACGCUAAUACACCGCAACGACACCAACUCCAACAACGCCACGAGCAAAAGUUGUCCUGACAACAACUGCAGGAAGUCAGUGCACAAUGGCUCUCAUGCAAAUAGUCACUGCCAAGUGUUGUCAGCAGAGUCUGAGCCGGGCUCCAGAGAUCGUCUCCGGUGGAGGGAGGUGUCUCUGCGGCAGCCGGCCUGGAGGCAGCUGUCCUCAGUGGGCUCUAAGAUCCACAUGGUGGCCUCCUCCGACAUGUGGGACCUCUUCCUGGUGCGCCUCCUGAUGGCUAUAGCUAUCAUGCUGUACUACAGUAACUUCUCCCUGGCCAUGGAGGAGCGUUUCUCUCUCAAACCGAAGGUGACGGGUUAUCUGAUCAGCUACAGCAGCACCCUGGGGGCCCUGGCUGGGUUCCUGGUGGGGCCCGUCACGCAGCUGUAUGGGAACAACAUGCCCGCUCUGCUGCUGCACUCCACAAUCCUCACCUGCUUGCUCAUUUUCCUGUAUGCUGCGGCCCCCAGCGUGUCGCAGGUGCUGGUCAGCUCCACCUUCUUUGCCAUUUCCACCUCUAUCGGUCGGACGUGCAUCACAGACCUGGAGCUGCAGAGGGGAGGGGUCCAGGCCAGCGGGACUCUGAUCGGGGCAGGGCAGUCGGUGACAGCCGUCGGUCGGGUCCUGGCCCCCCUCCUCUCAGGUCUGGCUCAGGAAUUCAGCCCUUGUGGCCCCCCCAGUCUGGGUGUGGUGUUAGCUCUGGCAGCUGUAGGUUUGCUGCUCAUCCGGAUCCCCAAAUGGGACGGCAGGGGGAUGACCAAAAAGAGCCAAACCUUGAGUAACUGACUUUAAAAUGAUGGAAAUGAGUGCAAAACUACCACUCAGAGAAGUGCUCUUAUUCUGAGGCCAGCUGUGAAGAUGAAGACGCAUAGUGGGGGCGUGAUUUCCUGCUCAAAGGCCAAAGGCGACAUCUGUUGAUAUGGCGACAUAACAGGGUCUAAAUGGCUCCUCAGCACCAGCACUGCAGCCGUUCUCUCAGAGAGGACUGUUUCAAAUCUCAAGCGCAGGACCAAGAAGUUAAACAUGCCCCUGUGCUGAAGUUUGAUCGCACAGAAGCAUUGUGUCGGCACAUAAUGCUAAACAACGUACACUAGUUCUUACAUUCUCAAACCACUAUAUUUUCCCUGAAGUUACUGACUAUACACUACAAUUCAAACUGGAAGAGGAAUUAUUAUUAAAAUGCCUUCUUUAGUGUAGAGAACAUUAAAGCAUGUAAACAUAUUUGAGUAGAAACUUGCUAAAAAUGAGCAAUACAUGUCCCCUUUAAGACGAAGGUGACCCUCCUUUCAGAUUCAGACAGUGAUACUUCACAUUCAUUGAUGACCUGAACCCUGAGGAGAAACUGGGCUGCCUUACUGCCCCGAGGUAGAUCACACUGUUGUAGUUUAGCAGGAACCAAGAUGGCAAUAAUUAAACACAUUUUACCUCAAUGCCAGCUGUUUCUCCAAAUUGCACUGCAUUUAAACCGGUUAUUAAAGUGGUAAAGGAGCAAAUGUUUGUUCUAGUUUCUAAUUUAAAAUUAGAGCAUAUUAUUUGUUCCAUCUCAGGAUGGUAAAUGAGAGAUUUUAAGAUAUUAUUGAUAGUCUCUAAGUUAAAUUUCCACUGUGUACUGAUCACCACUGUUGUUGCAAAAACACCCACAUGGUAAUAAGGAACAUUGUCUUGUAAAGAUCUCAGUGAUUCCAUGAAAUACAAUCCAGAUUCAGGCCAAAAUCAACAAAUAAACAACAUUUUGUAAACAA